AUGAAGCAGUCAGUUCACAUCUCUGAUGAUUCAGCUUGUCAUACCCAUGACUCUACAAUUCAGGUCCAGGAUAUAAGAGACCACAAGUUUACAGAAGACUGCAAUGAAGGAAAUGCAAGAGAUACUGACAAACAACCAUCAAAGAAGAAAAAUUACCAAAGAUACCCUAAGCCACCCUACACAUACCUUGCUCUCAUAACCAUUGCUAUCCUUAAUUCACCAGAGAAGAAACUGAAGCUAUCUCAGAUUCUCCACGAAAUUAGUGUUAUGUUUCCAUUUUUCAAAGGACAUUACAAAGGCUGGAAAGAUUCUGUCAGACACAACCUGUCUCUGAAUGACUGUUUUAUAAAAGUAUUGAAUGACCCACAGCGGCCACAAGCGAAGGGGAACUACUGGACGGUCGAUGUUACUCGCAUUCCACCCGAAGCAUUGAAGCGACAAAACACAUCUGUCUCACGACAAGAUGCGAGGAAGUUUGCAGCCAGUUCAACUGCUUAUAUCCAAGGUGGGAUUGCUAGCCUUGUGGCUUCUGAAGAAAGCAGCAAAGCACAGCCAGUCACUGGAUCCUGUUCUCGGUUUGAAACUGCCCCCUUGCAACAAGGUGGCAGCAGGACAGAUGACGCUUUUUCCAUUGAUACAUUGUGGAAUAGCCUGGAAGUAUCUCCAUCUGAAAGGGACAAACGUUAUCCAAAGACCUCCAAGUGCAGUCUCCAGAGUAAGGCAUCAAACAAAGGCUCUACACAACUGGACUUGGACACUUGGCAUCCUCAUCCAGCAAUAUCUGACAGCCCACAGGCUUCUUCUUCAUUCUCUUUCUCUCAUAGUGCUCAUCGCAAGAACCAGUUUCCCUCACCCCUAAGCACUUCAACUUCGAGUUCUUCCUCCAUUGAAGACAACACCAACUUUUCUCAACGAGAAUCUCCUCAUCAGCAUGAAUCCAAACGGUUGAGGUUAUCAAUGGAUUACAGCACGUCUACUCCUCUCUCACUGCUAAACAAUCGUUGUGCCAACUAUUCAGAACUUCCAUCAAGGCCUUACAUGCCUUGGGAGCUACCAACAUCUUAUACUAAAUAUCCCCCUCCAAAUGUAAUUGCACCUCCGAGUAUGAGUCUACCAUAUUCCACAUUUUUUCAGUACAACAGUCCUUCAAAUCUCUUCUCUCCAUAUAGACCAACGCCGAUCUUUAGCCCACCCAGGUGGCCAUUUCUACCUGAUCCACACGCUUUGCCACCUUUACGUCCACCAUUUGUAUUCGAUCUGGACAGAAUGCUGCAAGUUGUCCCACCAAAUAAGAGUGUUUUUGAUACUGUAUUUCAUCAAUUUUACCCAUCUCCUGUUGGCACUGAAAUGUCACCCAAUGAGAGCAACCUGGCAAGAGCUCGAUACAUGCCAUUUGAUUACUGA